AUGGUCAACGCCCUCGAUCACCUCGCCAUGAGGGGCAGAGUCGAAUGGCUCUCCAACCUGGAUACCUCCUUCACUCCGGCCAAGACAUAUCGGCGAACCUCCAUCAUCUGCACCAUCGGGCCCAAGACGAACUCUGUCGAGGCCAUCAAUCAGCUCCGCGAGGCUGGGAUGAACAUCGUGAGAAUGAACUUCUCUCAUGGUAGCUAUGAGUAUCAUCAAUCCGUCAUAGAUAACACUCGUGCCGCCGAGAAGGCCAAGCCUGGCCGUCACCUCGCUAUUGCCCUUGAUACCAAGGGCCCCGAGAUUAGGACCGGCAACACCAAGGACGAUCAAGAUAUCCCCAUUGCUGCUGGGACUGUCAUGACCAUUACUACUGACGAAGCAUACGCAACCUCUUGUGAUGCUGGAACCAUGUACGUCGACUACAAGAAUAUAACCAAGGUUAUCAAGCCAGGUCGGAUCGUCUAUGUCGACGAUGGGGUUCUUGCCUUUGAUGUUCUUCAGAUCAAGGAUGAUAAGAACAUCGAGGUUCGCGCCAGGAACAAUGGCUUCAUCUCGUCCAGGAAGGGGGUGAAUCUGCCCAAUACAGACAUUGACCUCCCGGCCUUGUCGGAGAAGGACAAGAAGGAUCUCGUGUUCGGCGUGAAGAACAAAGUGGACAUGGUCUUUGCGAGCUUUAUUCGAAGCGGCAAGGAUAUCAGGGACAUCCGUGAUGUGCUGGGUCCUGAGGGCGCGCAUAUCAAAAUCAUCGCGAAGAUUGAGAACCGUCAGGGACUCAACAACUUUGCUGAUAUUCUCCAAGAGACAGACGGUGUCAUGGUUGCUCGAGGAGAUCUUGGCAUCGAAAUCCCCGCUGCUGAGGUGUUUGGCGCCCAAAAGAAAUUGAUCGCCAUGUGCAACAUAGCCGGAAAGCCAGUGAUCUGUGCAACCCAAAUGCUUGAGAGCAUGAUCAAGAACCCACGGCCUACUCGUGCUGAGAUCGCAGAUGUUGGCAACGCCGUCACUGAUGGAGCAGACUGCGUUAUGCUCAGCGGCGAGACUGCGAAAGGACUUUAUCCAGAACUGGCCGUUUACGAGAUGAGUGAGACCUGUCUGCGAGCAGAGUCCAUCAUCUCCUAUGUCAGCCAUUACGAAGAGAUGGUCUCACUGACAAGGCGUCCGGUCUCCACCGUCGAAUCCUGCGCCAUGGCUGCUGUACGGACAUCCCUCGACCUGAACGCCGGCGCCAUCGUCGUCCUCUCGACCUCGGGAGACUCGGCGCGCCUCAUCUCCAAGUAUCGGCCGGUAUGCCCGAUUCUCAUGGUCACGCGGGAGGCGACAACCUCGCGGUUCAGCCACCUAUACCGCGGCGUCUACCCCUUCCUGUUCCCGCAGGCGAAGCCCGACUUCUCCAAGGUCAACUGGCAGGAGAACGUCGACAAGCGUAUCAAGUGGGGCAUCACGAAGGCGAUGGAGCUGGACCUCCUCAACAAGGAUGACACGGUCGUUGUCGUCCAGGGCUGGUGCGGCGGCAUGGGACACACGAACACCCUGCGGAUCGUGAAGGCUGACCCCGAGCACUUGGGCUUCGUUGAGUAG